CUCACUUCCGCCGGCAGCUCAUACUGCGCCUGCGCAGGUGGGGUUUGCUCUCUCCGCGGCGGUUCCGGGCAGGAAGAUGGCUAAGCGCACCAAGAAGGUUGGGAUUGUGGGUAAAUAUGGUACCCGUUAUGGUGCGUCCCUUAGGAAGAUGGUGAAGAAGAUUGAGAUUAGCCAGCAUGCCAAGUAUACCUGCUCCUUCUGUGGCAAGACCAAAAUGAAGAGGAAGGCUGUGGGUAUCUGGCACUGUGGAUCCUGCAUGAAGACAGUUGCUGGUGGUGCUUGGACUUACAAUACCACCUCUGCAGUGACGGUCAAAUCUGCCAUCAGAAGACUGAAGGAAUUGAAAGACCAGUAGAAACUGCUUCCCAUUCUCCUUGUGAAACAUCCUUUUUUUCCCUCUGCUAAGAUCUGUCCUAUUGUUGUUUUUAUUUCAACAAUAAAAAUGUAAUAAUGGAGUGGAA